AUGAGAAGGAACUCAUCAACGGCUGCAGAGGAAGGGCAAGGAGAACGGCAGUAUAUAUCCCCGUCUGCCUCCCUCAACAUCGACGCCCAACAACCCUUGUCAAUAGCGCGCUCCCGACGCUUCGCAGGCCGCAUUGCGCCUACGACGAUGGCUCGAAGACAACCAGAGUCUCGCCAACCGAAGUCAUUCGGCGAAGGACCAGACGAUGACGACGACGCCGACUAUGGCACCACUUAUGAGGGGACUAGGAGUCAAGGGCGCAGAGGGAAAGAGGCAAAGAAGCAAAGAGGGGGAAUUGAAGAACUCACCAGCAUCUUGCGUCCCCAGAACGGGGUCAGAACCGCCCACCACCGCGUCCUACGUCCCUACAGCAUAUCUCCUCCUGUGCCACCCCCGACCGUUUUCUCUACCCAGCUGUCUAUCCGACGCCGAUUCUGCGUGGGGGCGCGGUCUUCCUCUCCACGAACUCCAUAA